AUGUCUAUUGGGCUGGAGUUGAUAGGCAUUUCCCUUUGCAUUUUGGGAUGGAUUAUUGCCAUUUUAGCGUGCGCCCUGCCCAUGUGGAGGGUGACAGCCUUCAUUGGCAGCAACAUCGUGACGGCUCAGAUCAUCUGGGAGGGCCUGUGGAUGACCUGCGUGGUCCAGAGCACGGGCCAGAUGCAGUGUAAGGUCUACGACUCCAUGCUGGCCCUCUCCCCGGACCUCCAGGCGGCCCGCGCCCUCACCAUCAUCUCCAUCCUGUUAGCCAUCCUGGCGGUGCUCGUCUCCAUCGCCGGGGCCAAGUGCACCAACUGCAUUGAGGACGAGGCCUCCAAGUCCAAGGUGAUGAUCAUCUCCGGGGUGUUCUUCAUCGUUUCCGGGGUCAUGCAGCUCAUUCCUGUCUCCUGGACGGCGAACACCAUAAUCAGAGACUUCUACAACCCUUUGCUCACGGACGCUCAGCGGAGGGAGCUGGGGGCCGCGCUCUACAUCGGCUGGGCGGCUGCUGCCCUCCUGAUUCUCGGAGGUGGAUUGCUCUGCUGCUCCUGUCCUCCUCGUGAGACCAGAUACAACCCUUCAAGGAUGGCUUACUCUGCCCCUAGGUCCGCAGGUGGCCCAGGGUUAGAAAGAAAAGACUAUGUCUGAAUGGACGUCAAGGAGGAAGAGACAUUAUUGAAUCACAAACCUGCUCGUUUCACCAAACUGACGGCGUAAUGAGGGAAAGAGCUAAGAAAACAAGGAGACUCUAUCAUGAAGGAUGUGUUUGAUUUUGCCUUUAAUGUUAAGUAUCUCUGAUUAGACGCUUUGUUAUUCAGAGACUGAAAAAGCAUGCAAAGGACAUUGGAGUGAAAAUCUCCUUUAAUUAUGUUUCACAGAAAUAGUGUUCUUAGUCUUUUUUAAGGUUAACACACUAAAAGUUAUUGUUACAAUCAGUAUGUAUUAUAUACUUUUUAUACAGUUCUGGCGCCUUAAUGUUUACUACUGAUUUUUUUUAAAUAAAAAACGCCAUCACUGUAUCAAGUUUAAGCUUUACAGGCACUGGGCACUGCUGAUUAUAAUAUGAAAGACUCGGAUGUGUUGAAUUUGACGAUGGUUAUCAACUAUAUUAUGUUCUGUAAAUACUGUAGUAAGAGUAUGAUUAAUCACCUGUAAAUGAGAAGACAGAUGAUAACUGUAUUCAAUGCAGCUUUUAGU